AUGCCUGUGGAAUUGAAGGCACUGUUUGUGAUUUUGUGGAGUGUCUGCUGUGUCUUUGGGAAGGACUUGGAUGUUGUUUAUCCGCCGUGCGCGCUCAAUCCGCUGUGCACGUGCUCGAAAGGAGUGCCCGAUCUUGGGAUUGUUCAGUGCCGCAAUGUUCCUUUUCCUGCCAUUCCGCGAAUGGUGAACACCUCAAAGGUCUUCAUGCUGCACAUGGAGAACAACGAGUUGCAUCACAUCGAGCCCUACUUCUUUCAGGCCACUGGUCUCUACGAGCUGUCAAUAUCGUCAAAUCCCAUCUCGGAAAUUCCCGAUGAUGCCUUCAUUGGCUUGGAGAGAUCUCUGUGGGAGCUCCACUUGACUGACAAUCAAUUGGCAGAAGUUCCGACGAGAGCCAUUCGACACCUCCAGAAGUUGAGAACACUCGAUUUGAGCAUGAAUCAAAUUUCCUACGUGGAUCACGAGUCGUGGAGAGGCCUCGAGGACUCCCUGGAGCAGCUAAUCCUCUGCGACAACUCACUCUCACACCUGCCAAUGGACACCUUCGCGGGCCUCCACUUCCUGCAGACGCUCGAUCUCAGCGGCAAUAAUCUCAGGGACAUUGACGGCAGUGUCUUUCGCGACGGCAUGGACAAGCUCACGCGUGUGCUGCUGUCCAACAAUCUCCUUACGCGCAUUCCUUACGGCCAAGUCUCAACGCUGAGAUCUCUUAAGCAAUUGGAUUUGUCCCAUAACAGAAUCUCCACGAUGAAUUUGGCUGACAAUGAAUAUAAUCCCGGCAUUAGACUCUCUCUGGAUGUCCUGCAUUUGGAGUACAACAAUUUGGAAAUCCUCCAGACGGGAUCCUUUCAGUUCUUCGACGUGGUCAAUCAGACUUUUCUGGAUGGGAAUCCACUGCAAUUUAUUAAUGACGAUGCAUUCAGACAGGCAAAGAUCAGAGAAUUGUAUCUGAGACAAUGCAAUUUGGAUUUCAUAUCUCCGAGUGCUUUUGGCGGAUUGGAAAAUUCUCUGCAAAUUCUCGACAUGUCCGGCAACAAUUUAUCCUCAAUGCCAGAAAUAUUGUUUCAGCAACUCUUCUCGCUAAAGUCUCUCGGUCUGAGGGAGAAUCGCAUAAAGAGCAUAAUUCCUAUUGAAAUGUUCAAUGGCUUCCAAUCCACGCUGCUCAAAUUAGAUUUGAGCGGCGACACGAAUGCCGUAACGAGCUUUCAAGACUUGAAGAGAAUGAGAAAUAUUCGAUCUCUGGCUGUGUCGAAGCUGGCAAAGAGGGAUUUGGGACCCGAGGACUUUCUCGACUUCAGUCCCGAGCUGGAGAACCUGAAGAUUUCCGGUGCGAACCUCAAGAGCCUCAAAUCGCACACAUUUAAGUACGUUCGUGGAAUUAAGAGAUUAGACUUGAGCGAUAAUGCCAUUUCGACUCUCGACGUCGAUGCAUUUCUCGAGAUUGGACACGCUCUGCAAUCGCUGAAGUUGUCACACACUUUCUCGGCGUCUUUCACAUCGCUGCCGAGAGAUGUUCUCAAGUAUUUAACAUCACUGAGAGAGCUGGACAUUAGCAAUAAUCAGUUGAAGUCCAUCAGCGACACGACAUUUCACUUCCUUCGCAAAUUGCUCCAUCUCAAUGUGCAAGAUAAUCAGAUUGAGCAAAUUGUGAAGGGAACUUUUCAGGGCGACAUUCAUUCACAUCUGGAGAGCAUUCUAAUGGGAUACAACAGUGUUAAGUACAUCCCUCAACACUCCUUUGUUGAUCUUGAGCGCGUCAGAAGCAUCGUUCUGUCUGACAAUCUCAUUGAGAAAAUAGAGAGACGAGCAUUCAUGAAUCUGCAUCAAUUGCGUGUCCUGAAUUUGAGAGGCAACAAGCUCACCAGCAUUUCCGACGAAGCAUUCCAGAAUCUCCCAGAAACCGAACUGAUUGAUUUGUCCUACAAUCACCUAAAUGCCUUCGAUUUUGAGUUCUGCGACCAAGUGGGAACACUCUCGACACUCACGGUGAAUGUGAGUCACAAUAAGAUUCAGUAUCUCUUCGACAACAGGACGUUUUACAUGAAUCCGGGAAGGGAAUAUGGUUCUCUAUUCCACUCAAACAUAAAGAUUCUGGACUUAUCUAGCAACAACAUCACAGAUAUCAAUGGAGGAUACUUCCGACCAGUCGAAAUUAGUCUCACGCAUCUUUACAUGAGCAAAAACAACAUGAUGAAUACGACGAGGAGCGUGUUUGGGAAUCUUCAGCACCUUCAUUUCCUCGAUUUAUCAUACAAUCAAAUCAUUGAUUUGGAUUACGACACGUUCAGAAACACCAGAAAACUUCAGUACAUUGAUAUGUCUCACAACAGAGUGGCAGAUUUGCCAACGGAGUUCUUCAAGUACAUUACAGAGCUGAGAGUGGUGAAUUUAGCUCACAAUUACAUUCGAUCUCUCCCUGAGAAUCUCUUCUUUGAUGACGGUCUGGAGAAAUUGGAUUUGUCACACAAUUGGCUCAUUAAAAUACCCGUGAAUGCAAUGAGCAAUGUUGCAGCCAUAACUCUUUCCUUCCUUGAUUUGUCCUACAAUCAAAUAGGAACUAUUCACAAUGUUGACUUAUCCACGAAGUUUAGGAGCCUUUCUUACUUGGAUCUCUCGAAUAAUCACAUAUUCAGACUGGACGAUGGCGCAUUUGCCGCUCUUCCUCGACUCAACACACUCAUUUUGUCCAAUAACGAAGGUCUUGACAUCACAGGAAGAGUGUUUGUCGGCCUGGAAAAUAGUUUGAUGGAUUUAAGGAUUGAGAAUGUCUCCAUGAUGGCAUUUCCUGACCUUCCUUUCACCUUCCUUAGGCGCUUGAGCAUAGCUCACAAUGAGUUGCCUUCAAUUCCACCGGAAUUGGCCUACAACAUUUCCUUCCUUAGACAUCUGGACUUGUCUUAUAACGAUCUAUCUGCUGUGCCACUGAUCACUCACUCUCUGCCUCAACUGAAGUCUCUGAAUCUGGCCGGAAAUCCUAUUUCAACACUCACCAACACGAGUCUCAUCGGAGCUGCAGAAACUCUGGAAGUUCUCAACAUCGCUCAUCUCUUCUUGAACUCCUUCGAGUUGGGUGCUUUGAGCAAAUUGUCAUCGUUGAAGACACUAAUAAUUUCUCCUUAUCCUGAUGUGAUUAACUUCAAUAUUCCUGUUGCUAUUGAGGAAGUUGAAACUCUGAGGCAAUUAGAGAUUGAGGCUCCAAAGCCAAUUCCUGCCGCCUACGCUGGAGAUGUGGGAUUCAUGCGACCCAAGACGAAUCCCAAAACCGAUCUCAAGCUGGAAAUGGACGGAAUAAUGCAUCCCAGACUGAGGACAAUCGUUCUCCGUGGCACAGGAUUCAAACAAGUGGCUAAUAGUAUCCUGAAUGGCAUUCAAUCGCCGGUCCUGCAUUUUAUCCUCCAGAACACCUCCAUCACUUCCCUGCCCAACAACUUCUUCAAGAGCCACGGAAGCAUUCGCAAUCUCACGAUGGACUUCACGGAGAACAACGACAAUCUGAUAAAGCUGCCCAAUCCUAACACGGGAAGAGCUCCUCACUUGCCUGAUCAGGUGUUCCUGCUGGAUCUGAAGCUGGGCAAUCAACAGCUGAGCUGCGAUUGUGGCAUUGGCUGGAUUGAGUACUGGUCCAGGAAGAAGCGACAGUACAUGUGCAACGCUCUCUCCUGGUCAAGCGACGUCUUCGACGCAGCUUCCACGGCUCAUCGUCUGGACGGAAAGACAAGCGCCGCUGAAGUGUGCGCGAAUGAGAAUGGCAUCAGGGAGGCGGAGUGCUCCAACAAGGGCUCGCAGAGCCUCAUGGAGGUCCUGAAGUCCGACCUGGAGUGCGGCUGGGACAGCGCGCCACGCGUCAAUGGCCAGCUGAUCCUCGUGUUCAGCAUAAUGACUGUCUUCUUUCUCUUCUGGUUUUGACUCCUCUUCUACAUUUUUAAGAUCUCCCGUGACUUCUACGACGUAAUAGCGCAAGUUUAUGAGCAAGAGUGCUAAAAAUAAUUCCAAUAUGCUGUCUUUCAACUUUUCCGUUCAUGUUUUUGUAACAGGUGAAAUCUCGUGCCAAAGAUUCCAUGAAAGAUAUUUUGUAAUUGAAUGUCUAUUAAAUUCACUUUUAGUGUUGGUCAUCCAAUUAAUUAAACAUUUAUUAAAGUAUCACACAUUAGCUAAUCGUGUAUGUAAUUUAUACCCGCAUUUCCGAUCUCUUCGAUCUCUCACAUCAGUUUAGGCUUCUUAGAAAUUGUGUUCACAGCAUUUUCACAUAACAAUUUCACGGGAAAAUGCUUGAGGAAAGGGAAAUAUUUGAAAAGCAGAAAGAAAUUUCUGAAUUUUUCCACCCACAAUGCGUAUUUUUAGCCUCAUUUCUCUCAACCUGAUUGUAUUUCUGGGCAAGCAAGGAAACAUAUGGCCGGCAAAUGUAAAUGUAAUCCUCCCCCUUUCACCUCUGUAAUGCGAUGUUCUGUUGAGAGUCA